AUGGGUAAGUUAGUAGUACUCUCAGUUGCUAUUGCAGCACUUGCAGUUUUGAUUGGAGAACGAAUCAUUACAUUAAGGCAUGUAUCACUUUGGUACAGAGAACUUACUCAAAACUACCUUCCGAACUGUCACCAUAUAGAGGGCAUAGAAUGUGGGUCUGAAGAUAUCACAAUACUUGAAAAUGGAUUGGCCUUUCUGAGCACGUGCGUGAAGCAACCAGACAUACCGUCUUAUUCAGAUGAGCCUGGAAGGAUUUACACCCUGAAUCUGUUGGAUUCUGAACGAAAAAUUAAAGAACUGAACAUCAAGGGAGACUUUGACAAAGACUCUUUUAAUCCACAUGGAAUCAGUUUGUACACGGAUGACAAAGAUGGUGCUGUGUACCUAUUUGUUAUUAAUCAUCCUCAAGGCAACAGUCAAGUAGAGAUUUUUCAAUUUGUUGAGAAUGAAAAUGCUCUUUUAUACAUUAAGACCAUCAGGCAUGAACUCCUGCCCAAUAUGAAUGAUAUAGUAGCUGUGGGGACCGAAAGCUUUUAUGCCACCAAUGAUCAUUACUUUACUAAUUGGAUUCUCAAGUUUGUGGAGCCGUUUCUGUCUUUGCCCUGGUGUGACAUCGUCUACUACAGCCCUCAAACCGUGCAGGUUGUGGCAGGGGGCUUCAUGAAUGCCAAUGGCAUAAAUAUCUCCCCCCGACAAAGGUAUUUAUAUGUGGCAAAUCUUCUGAAGCACAAAAUUGUUGUCUUUGAAAUACAGAAAAGCACUGUAUUGUCUCAUAUAAAGGAGGUUGAUGUGGGCUCACUGUGUGACAACAUUGAAGUGGACCGUGAAUCUGGAGAUCUAUGGUUGGGCUGCCACCCAAAUGGUCUCAAAUGGUUAUUUCAUGAUCCGAAUGAUCCACCUGGUUCUGAGGUUAUCAAGAUUGAAAACAUCCUAUCUGAAAAGCCCCAGGUAACCCAGGUAUAUGCAGAUGACGGCAGUAUGAUCAUUGCUUCUUCGGUGGCAGCACCAUAUGGAGGAAAGCUGCUCAUUGGAACAAUUUAUCAGAAAGCUCUGAUCUGUGACCUUAAAUAGUGUACAAUGCUUACAGGAAAGAAUAAAUAUUGGCUUAACUGUGUCAUUUCAUAGACCAGAUAUUUGCAACACAAAUCAAAGACAAGAAUAACUAAUAAACGAAUUUUUUUUAUUUAAUUAACAAUUGCAACUUUUGAACUGUACUAUACUUACUUGGCUUGACACACAUUGCUUGGAUUGUAAACUCUUAUCUAUCUAGUAGAUAUGUGAGCUUGAAGCAAGGGUUGAACUUCACCCGACUUGGCAUAUAUUAGCCUGCAUUAUCAGUUUAUGAUAUCCAUGCAACACAAAUGAACAUUUCCCAACACACUCCAAUGGCAGUUAGUAACAAUUUUUUUAUUACACCCUACCAACAGUUAGGUUC